AUGAAUUCGGCGAACAGUGAGCCUCGCCAUGUAGCCGGCGAACAAUCUCUUCAAAUCAGUCGCAGGGCUAACAAGCGUCGCCGCCACGAUCCGAACGGUGGAGGGGAUGAACGAGAUGGUCCGAAAUGGUCACAAGGAAAUGUGGCAAUAUUGUCUUUCGAAUGCCCAUUCUGCAAACUAGACCCUUACCGAUAUGCUGAGUGUAAGGGCUACCAAUUGACCCGGUUAUCGGAUGUCAUGCAACACAUCAGCCGCCAACACCGGAUACUCGAGGUCACAUUAGGGUCUGGUGAGACAGUUCGAGAACGGGAUAUCGUUCUCUACUGCACAAGAUGCCGCGAUCUUUUCUAUGGCAUGGGUGCUUCGCGUAACCGCGACAUCCAUAUGAAUCAGGAAAUCGAAUGUCAGCCAGCCAAUAUCGAACAAACUGGUGUCAUGCUGUACGGGGAAUUCGAAGCGUUAAAAACUAGACUUCGAUCAUAUCCGCGGCGUGAUGAAACAUUUAGAUGGAAUAUUAUCUGGAAAUGGUGUUUUCCCAGGAAGCCCUGUCCACCAUCACCGUACGUCGAGAUCAUUGUUCCUCGUGCAGAAGUACAGGGGAUAAUUCAGGAUGAGCUUGAAUCUAUACCAACAUUGUCGCAAGAAGAGGUCCAGUUGAGAGCUAGACAAUUAGCAAAUCGAAUCUAUAACACUGCAUCGAAACCCCGGAGCGGCCCUUCUGUACCUUUACAAGCACAGCCGAAUAUUUUGCAGAUGACACCAGUACCAGACUGCCAUAUCGCGACCUCGCUAUCCUCUAAUCCGACAUUUACCCCCCAGCCUUUGCAACAACAAACGCAAGGCAACCGCUACAGCUCUGGUCUACCCCAUCUCGGUGUUUAUAGAACACCGACUGGAGGCCAGAGACACAAUUCCUUUCAAUGGAAUAAUACGUUGAGUAAUAGCAGUGUACCAAGUCGAGUUCCGGGCUAUAUCGCACAUACGAGUUCUGAGAACAACUUUCUUCACACUGGACAUUUUACUGCUUCUAGCUCUGGAUACCCCCUAUUUCCUAACAAUCAAUAUUCCACUGAUCUUUUCGAGUUAGAAAAUCAGGACGACGACUACUUGAACACGGGCGGGAACACUACUGGUCGCCGCGACUUAUAG